AUGCAAAACCACGGCUUCAACGACGGGGCUUACGGAGGAAGGCGCUCACCCGCAGCGGGAACUGAUGGAUAUCAUGCAGAUCAAUACUAUGACGAUCGUGCAGGACAUAAUCUAGGUCCCUAUAGUAAUACCUCGCAGGGUCAGCUCUACCCAGCAGACUACUCGAGCGAAAGGCUGUAUAUGCAACCUCCGCAAAGUGUCACACAGAGCCCCAGUCCCGGGCCAUACUAUAACCACCAACAAGACCACGUCGUCAACCCGCAGCAAAUACACGAUCAAGGCGAAUAUUUCGAUGGCUACAAUCAAGGACAACCUCCUCAGGAGCAUCAGGCAUACGACGACGACGGCCAGCCAUUGAUACAAGAUCAGCUCGGUUAUUCAGACAACCCUCAACAGCACACCCAGAUCCCAGCUGGAGGAAUCAAACGAUGGAAGACGGUCAAACAGGUCUUGCUGUACCGUGGUAACCUCGUUCUGGACUGUCCUGUUCCGCCCAUCCUAUUAAAUCAGAAUCCCCACAGCAAAGAGCGUGACGAGUUCACUCAUAUGCGAUAUUCCGCCGCAACAUGCGAUCCAUCGGACUUCUAUAACGAGAACUUCACCCUUCGCCAGAAGCUGUUCAGCUCGCCUCGCCACACCGAACUCUUCAUCGUCGUUACCAUGUACAACGAAGACGACAUCUUAUUCACUCGCACCAUGAUUGGCGUGUUCAAGAACAUCGAGUAUAUGUGCAAUCGCCCCAACAGUAAAACCUGGGGCAAAGACGCCUGGAAGAAGAUUGUAGUGUGUGUUGUAAGCGAUGGGCGCGCUAAAAUUAAUCCGCGAACGAAGGCUAUCUUGUCCGGUAUGGGUGUUUAUCAGGAAGGUAUCGCGAAGCAACAAGUCAACAAUAAAGAUGUGACGGCGCAUAUCUACGAGUACAGCACGCAUACCCAUCUGCAGCUCAAGAACGGGGUGGCUUCUCUUGUCCACAACCGACAGCCCGUGCAAAUGCUCUUCUGUCUCAAGGAAAAGAACCAGAAGAAGAUCAACUCACAUCGUUGGUUCUUCCAGGCCUUUGGCCGCGUCCUGGACCCCAACAUUUGCGUCCUUAUCGAUGCUGGUACACGUCCUGGAGGCAAUUCCAUCUAUCAUUUGUGGAAAGCUUUUGACCUGGAGCCCAUGUGCGGUGGUGCUUGCGGCGAGAUUAAGGCCAUGUUGGGCACGGGCGGCAAAAACCUCGUCAAUCCGCUUGUUGCCACGCAAAAUUUUGAGUACAAGAUGAGCAACAUUCUCGACAAGCCUCUCGAAUCUGCUUUCGGAUUCAUUUCCGUCUUGCCCGGCGCCUUCUCAGCGUACCGGUACGUUGCCCUGCAAAACGAUAAGAACGGACAGGGGCCACUAGAAAAAUACUUCUUGGGUGAGACACUGCAUGGUGGGAGCAGUGCCGGACUCUUUGAAUCAAACAUGUACCUGGCCGAGGAUCGAAUUCUCUGCUUUGAACUCGUGACCAAGCGAAAUUGCCAUUGGAUUCUUCAAUAUGUCAAAUCGGCUACAGGAGAGACCGAUGUACCGGAUACAGUAACGGAACUGGUUCUUCAACGUCGUCGAUGGCUAAAUGGAUCCUUCUUCGCUGCCAUUUAUGCUAUUGCUCAUUUCUAUGAAUUCUUCCGAUCGAAUCACUCCUUUUUCCGCAAACUGGCCUUCUUUGUCGAGUUCGUCUUCAACACAAUUAAUAUGAUCUUUGCCUGGUUUGCUAUCGGCAACUUCUUCUUAGUUUUCAAGAUUCUCACUACGAGUCUUGGCUCCGACGACUUGUUGGGCAGAACCGGAGAGAUUCUUGGCGUUGUUUUUACUUGGCUUUAUGGUGUAUUUUUGAUGACAUGCUUCGUUCUCUCCAUGGGUAAUAGGCCAGCUGGUUCCGGGAGAUUGUACACGGCAAUGGUGUGGUUUUGGGCCAUCAUAAUGAUAUACUUGAUGUUUGCUGCCAUCUUCAUUGCGGUCAAGGCUAUUAUAAAAGACGUCAACAGCGGCACAGCCUUUAGCAUCAGCCAGCUGUUCAAGAAUCCGGUCUUCUACACGCUCAUCAUAUCCGUCAUGUCCACGUUUGGUAUUUGGCUCAUUGCGUCGAUUAUCAUGUUCGACCCGUGGCACAUGGUUACUUCGUUCAUUCAGUACAUGUUGCUUACUCCCACCUACACCAACGUCCUGAACGUCUACGCCUUUUGCAAUACUCACGAUGUUUCAUGGGGCACGAAAGGCGAUGACAAGGUGGAAAAAUUGCCCUCCGUCAACACCAAAGACGGCCAGGGUAAGACGGAUCUACCUGAUGAGGGUGAUUUGAACGCUCAGUACCAGCGAGAGGUUGAAAAAUUCAGCACCAAGUUCAAGGAAGUCAAGACGCCGCCGACCGCCGUCCAGCUGCAGGAAAAGCAAAUGGAUUACUACCGAGGUGUACGAACAGGUGUGGUGUUGAUUUGGAUGAUUACCAACUUUGCUUUGGCUGCGUUGGUUCUCAGCUCGGCUGGAUUGGAGAGGAUCACGCCUGGGGGUGGAGACCAACAGCAAGAAGCGACAAAUCGAUCCAAUAUUUACAUGACGAUUGUGUUGUGGAGCGUGGCGGUGCUCAGCGGAUUCAAAUUUCUGGGAGCCAUGUGGUUCUUGGUUGUUCGAAUGUUCCGAGGGGUUUAG